AACCGUGGUGCAGGAGACAAACGUGGGACCUACAUGGCAUUCACUAGCGUUCAUUGUUCAUCUAAUGACCUUCUAGCUCGCGAUGUAAUCGGCGCUGUUGUGCAAGGGUGAAACGCAUAGCAAACCAACUGCAUGACAAAACCGAAAUUACUACGGAGUUGUAUUUUAAUUAACAUCUCCCAUAUCUGUCGGCACCGGAGCAGAGCUCUUGUUUUUGGGCUGUAUCAUGACAGCUGUUCCUUACUGGCCGAUGGCGUGGAGCCGCCCCCUAUGGAGUAAUGAAUGAGACGGAUCUCCCAUUUGCUAAUACGGAAUAGAGGGCGUUACGACAAUGAAGUCAUCUCGCCGCGGGGAUGGUAAUAUGGUGAAUUCGAGUGGGUCUGUCUUAUCAUCAUCCUUUUAAAGUACAGCUGAUAAGGAUUUUCCAGCAAUCGCGUCCGUGUGGUCCCUGCAAACCCGAUGCGAAUAAUGUUUAGCAAAAACAAUUUGGAGGACAAAAUAGCCAAAUACAAUAUCGACGAGACGAAAGGGAGCAAAAAACCUAUCUGAAAGCAAGGAAGAGGUAUGGGUAGACAUGUUACGGUGCAGCAUUUGACAUUAAUUCACAACAAUUUAAGUUUUUUGAGCAUUGCGAGAUUGCGCGUGCGACGGAAAUAUUGUUGUGCAAUAAAUUGUAUCUGUUUCGAUAACGUUGUAAAACGUUUAUUUGAGUAGAUUGCCGACAAUGAUGGUGGCUCUACAACCGUAUCACACCACUACUGUGUUUCUGCCCUGAUAAAAAGAUAACGGGCAUCUCUGAGUUCUGACUGUAUUUAGUGAUUUUGAUAAUUUAGCAUAAAUUGUGCACACAUGUUUGUUGGUGCAACAAGUGUUCCACGGUGCCAUGCACAAAUGUCUCCGAUGUUAUAGUGCUUCUCUAUUUUAACAUCGUGUCCAGCCCCCAGCAAGGACUGAUACAAUAUACUGUUGUGACAAUAGGGUAACGUCCUCCAAAAUCUGGCAGCCAAGACGGACAAUAUGCAUAUUACACACCCAAAUACCCCGGUGAAACGAAUCCGAAAUAGUUUCAUGUUGCCUUCUGCGUUUUUAUUUAUUUGUUUUUUUUUUUUUUAAUAUUGUGCCAGUUUUUUCCGCACUAAUCAACAUUAACGUUCGCAGAACUGACAGCGCAGUAGAAUAAUUGCUUGGCAAAUAAUGAGUGUUUGAAGAAUAGCGUUAUUACUUGUACUGCUGAUUUGAAGUUUGAUUGUGCGGCAUGGGAUUUAUUGUCUUCACUGUUGUUGAUGUAUGGAUUGGUUCAAGGCUUUGACGCGAGUUGAGUCUGUACCUUAAGAGUCUGUUUCUUCGUGUGACCACUUGUUUGCUCCCGUAUUCGUGCGUAAGGUGUAAUUUAGAUGGAUCUUAAGUCAAAGAAUGCGUCAGCUCCUAAGGCCUCCAGGAAGAGGAAGGGUUCAAGGGCAAACCCCAAAGGGAAUGGACAAGACUCCAGCAGCAAUGUGGACAAGAGGUGUAAAUCAAAAGUAGAGAGUGCAUCGAAGUCUGACAAGGCAGAGCAGCAGAAGGGGCGAAAGAUAAAGAGAACGUAUGAAAGGAAAUCGUCCCAGUGCCCCGCGCCUCUGCCUGCGGAGGUCUCCACCAGUAGGGCGUCACACCUCGGGCUGGCCAAUGGUGGCGAGGGCUCUGCUAGUACGUUAUGCCAGGCAGAGGCAAGGAGUGGAGGGCCCCGCUUGGAGACAGGCCCAGGUGAACGCUCCCGCCAUGACGGAAAAGAUACCGUGACCAAGAGAAGGCGCAAGGCUGGGCAAGACGGCAAGCUUUCCAGAGAAGCUUUGGCUGAUGCAGUGAAACAGUCAGCAGCUCCUCCGGGACGAAACCAGAGGCCCCAAAAUGCAGAAAGAACUCCUGAACCGACGUCCAAAGACCGAGCACCAAAGAAGGGUCUUCCAGUCUACACUCCUGGGAGCCAGGAGGAGCAGUGGAAUCUGCAGAUUGUGGACAAAGGACGAGUCACGUGCCCAAGAUGCAAAACCGUCAGCAGGAAAACUGUAGAUGGCUUGAAAAAGCACAUGGCAAACUGCAAAGUGAAUCCUUUCACGUGUCAACACUGCGGGAAGCAGUUAAAGUCAUUGACGGGCAUGAAGUAUCACAUCAUGGCGGAGCAUAAGAACAUGCCCAUGUCGGAGGACAACGAGCAGGAUGACCAGUCUGUGAAGGAAAAUCUCCGAAAGGUGCUAAAAAGGAUGGGGAAACUGAAAUGCUCGAAUGAGGGAUGCGGUGGGAGUUUCACCAGCAUCACAGGCUACCUGUACCACACGAGGAAAUGCGGCAAGGAGGAGUCUGAGCUGGAGAAGCUGGUGCUAAACUGCAGACACUGUGGGAAGGCCUAUAGAUCCCGGGCAGGCCUGGAGUACCACGUCAAGUCUGAACACAGCCCGAGUCCACUGAAGGCCCAGGAUGAUGAAAAGAUGCCACCAAAACAGGAACUGGACCCAGAAAGGACCCCUAGUGGGAGGGUGAAGAGGGUAUCUGCCCAGGUAGCCAUCUUCCACCUGCAGGAGAUUGCCAGUGAGGAGUUGCUCAAGGAGUGGCCCAAGAGGAAGGUGCAGCAGGACCUGGUCCCAGAUGACAAGAAGCUCAAGUAUGCGCGACCGGGGCUACCUGCUUUCAGUCAGGAAGUUCUCCGCAAGUGGAAGAAUGAAGUUAAGCUCCAACACAGAGUGCAGUGUCCAAACCAGGGUUGUGACUCUGUCUACUCCAGUGUCUCUGGGCUGAAAGCUCAUCUUGGACUCUGCUCAAGGGGGGACUUUGAGGCAGGGAAGUACAAAUGUUUGAUAUGCGAGAAAGAAUUCAGCUCAGAGAGUGGGGUGAAAUAUCAUAUCAACUCCAUCCAUUCCCAGGACUGGUUCAUUGUAAGUUCUAAACCCUCUAAGAGCUUUGAGAAGCUCCUGAAGAGGAAACUUAAGGAGGAUCGUGUCAAAGCCAGUGCGGAACAGAACCCGUCCCUGAGGUUCACUCCAGAGCCCAAGGGCUGGCCAGAUAGGAAGGCCAAAGCCGGCCCUGUGUCCAGUGUGAAGGCAACCCUGGGGACCAUAGAGGGAGAGCGGAAGUCAAAGGAGGCGCUGAGCGGCCGGGAGAAGGACUGCUACGACUUCAGCGGGAGCGACAGCCCCAGCAGCAGCUCCAGCUCCAGCAGCUCCAGCAGUGAGUCCGAGGCCGACGAGCCUGAGCCCCCCAAGGUUGACAAGUGGGCCUUGAAGAGGCCUGUGGCCCAAUCCAAUGCUGCCAAACAGGCCAAGAGCGCCUCCUAACUCCACCCACAGGUCACCGUGGGAACUGCGUCCUGGAUAUUCUGACUCCUAAAGGCCGAUGAGGUCCCUUUGUCAGUGUCACUUUUAAGGUGCUGCUUAAUACCACGGUAACAACUAAGCUCACUAUUCAUUUUCUGUUGCAAAUUCUGGGUAUUAAAAUAUCAUCUUAUUCAUCUUAUUUUGACAUCAUGUCUGUCUACAGGAAGGUAGUUGAAAAAUAAAUUGAAAAUCCCAUACAUAUUUGUCAUCUAGGUAGUUUUAAAUUGUUUCCUCUAACGCAUCAGUUGUGUAAUUUAAAUGAAAUGUACAGUACAAUGUACAUGCAGAAUAUAUCAUUCAAUGAAGCAGUUGUAACAUGAAAUUGGUAUCUAAAUUAUCCCUAGACCUGGGAUGCACUUGGGGUCAAAAUCCACCAUGGAUAUUUCAUUCCCAUUGAAUAUUUUUCGUUCAUGGCCCAAUGAUACAGUGUCCCACCAUGAAUUUCAAUGAUCAAGCUCAUUCCUGCCCCAGACUGACCAUUUGAGUGAUUGGCUAUAUGGACAGAAUAUCCUACAUGUACCAAAAGACUGAGGAUAUGAACAUGAUUGCCAAGACUACAGCAAAAAAAGGGUGUCACUGUAAACGACAAACCAAGUAUUCAGUUAGAUGAGCCCCUGAUUUCAUACUGUAGAUUACCAAAGUCAUCAAGGAGAGUCCUAAAUAACAUUUAUUGUCUCUGUUGCUUUUAUGCGUAAAAGAGUUAUGAAAAAAAUUUCAUUGUUCUGGGGGUGACUCACACUGAAAAUGGUUUAAUAUCCCAGCUGAAUAAGAAAUGAAUACAAAACCAAACAAUGUUGAAAAUUUCUUUAUUGUCUUCCACUUGUAACCUUUUCAUUUAGCCAAAACCCAGCUUAGGUUUCCUGCUAUUUAAACAUUUUGUAGCCCCCCCCUGACCACAUCACAGGCUGUUAGUUGGUUUCUUUUCUGUAUAUACAGUGUAUAUCAAUAGCAUGCAAAAUAAUUUUACUUUGUCUGUUGGAUUGUGGAGCAUAUUAACGCAUAAUGGAGUUAUGAUAUUUGAUUUAGUUCGUAAUAUUUGUGUAUUUAUGUUAAAGUAUAUGCUUCAAAAUGAAGAUAAUAUUUAUGCUUUUCUAAUCUGUUAUAAGGUAGCUGUUACUGUUUAUAUAGACAUUGCUAAGGUAGCUAUUGUGGAUCAAUCCAGCAAGUCAGAUUUAAUAAUCACAGCUUUUAACGUGACCGUAUGUUCCCUUACCAAUUCAAAAUGCUAUAUUUCUUUCUAAAAUGAUUUUACAUCAUUAUAUUGUUGUAUGCUCAUUUGAAAAAGUGCUGUAUUGUUUUAAUGUUACUGUGCUACAUUUUGAAAUUUUCUUUUAAGGAUCGUAUAUAUAGCAGUUAAUUAGGGUAACCAAAGGAAGAUGUAUGCACUUUUAACUUGGACUCUACUGCUUGACCUUCCGUAUGAAGGAAAAGUCACUGUUGCUACACUUGAUUCAGUGAGUUUUUUCCCCUAUGUGAUAUACCAGUUUUUCAGACUAUGCUCAUAGCGUAUUGCCAUGCUUGACUGUUUUAUUUUCUAAAAAGUUAUUCUUUUAAGGAAUUAUAUUUUCCUUGUUGUGGCUUCUCUUAUCCUUAAACAAUUAGAUUGUUUUGACUAGAUACACUACUACUUGAAUUGCUUGUAUUGCACUUGUAUUGAUUUGUAUUAUUUUGUAUUAUUCAAAAGCUCUCUACUGUUACAUUUUCUAGGUAAAGGAAAUGGAUGAUUAACACCUUGAAUUAAAUGUACAU